AUGCCAGGUUCUCCGGCGAAGGUUCAUGAUGAGCCUCCAUAUGUAUCCCUCUGUAAAGAGAACCUUGCGAUCGCCCAUGAAGAUCCCUUGUUCAGUGCACCGCAUCUGGAAGACUUCCUUGAGUACCUGUCAGAAUCGUCAUCCCAAUGGCCUCGCGGACCUUAUACGGAAGACGCACCCUUCGCCUGGUCGUACUUGAUUCCGGAAACUGGCGCUCUUAAGCUCUCUCCGCAGUCCAGGUCAAAGGAUUUCGAUCCGGUUCGAAAGGUCCCAAAAGACUCCAGAGACCACGAAUUGCUCUUCAUCAACGGUCACCCUUCCCCUGGUUGGCUCAACGCCAUUGGAUACAAGUACGACGUCGACAUGCACUUUUUCCAGCAGCAUUUGAGUUCAAUCAGACCCUCUGUGCAUGCUGAUGUAUAUGCCGAACCUUCACUACCUUCUAGCUCUCGCCACAUCCUCAAGCUCAAGAUACCAACUGUCGGCUAUCUUGAGGGUAUAGGAAGUUUGCUCGAGGAUAUGCCCAGCGCCCGAUUGCUACUUGCCGAGAGCCUCAGACAGCAAGUUCUAAGCAAUGCUCAAAACCACCCUGUUGGGCGGCCUAUCAUCCGGAGUGUGUAUCUGCAUGACCUCGAGCGGUUCACUUUAUUGCAGGAGGUUUCCAUCUGCUUGCUUCUAAGGAAUGAUAUCUGGACAGAUCCCAGAAUUAUGGGGCUGGAUCCUUUCUACGCUAUUAGCGAAGUGUAUGCGUACGCUGCGGCUGCCGAGAGCCAAUUUCUGAACAUGAUGAGGACCAUUCUCGAUAGGCGCAUAAAGAGUAUUGCGGGAGAGGACCUACAAAAGAAAGCCUCGAUAUCAGACGCGCUCCCCGAACGUAUCAACCUACAACACGAUCGUGCCAUUCUCGACGCCCACUCUGAUCGUAUUAGCAAUACCGUUUCAUUCCUUAAAACAGCGGACGACCCGGUCUGGUUCCUCCCCUUCGAUGACCAUGCUCCAAACGAAGCCACAACAGCACGGGAUACACUCUUACGGCGAUUUGAGCCUUUGGAUUUGGGCCGCAGUCAGUGCUCCGGUCCUGUUGAUUUCGCUGCUAUAUCUGAAGCGGAAGGCGAGUACAGAGUCUGCAAAGAAGAGGUCUUCGAAGAAAUGGUAUAA